CAGAACAGUUUGAACCAAAAAAGCGGAGUGACCUUCCUCCGCUUUCAGUCUGAGAGGGGCAGCACUGAAGCAAGAAGCCGCUCGCAGCUCCCAAAGUCCACCGCCACAGCCUCAGAAAUGAACAACAACUUGGUCGGAGACGAAGUCGGGAAACUUUUUGUAGGUGGACUGGACUGGAGUACGACACAAGAAACACUGAGAAACUACUUCUCACAGUAUGGGGAGGUAGUAGAUUGUGUCAUCAUGAAGGACAAAACUACAAAUCAGUCGCGAGGCUUUGGCUUUGUUAAGUUCAAAGACCCUAAUUGUGUACGAACAGUGCUGGAGACAAAGCCACAUAACCUUGAUGGAAGAAAUAUUGACCCAAAGCCAUGUACGCCCAGAGGAAUGCAGCCUGAAAAGUCUCGAACCAAGGAGGGCUGGAAGGGCAGCAAAGCUGAUAGCAAUAAAUCUAAGAAGAUAUUUGUAGGUGGAAUUCCUCAUAACUGCGGGGAGCCAGAACUCAGGGACUAUUUCAAUAGAUUCGGAGUGGUCACAGAGGUGGUAAUGAUCUAUGAUGCGGAGAAGCAGAGGCCCCGAGGUUUUGGAUUUAUUACUUUCGAGGCCGAACAAUCAGUGGACCAGGCUGUCAACAUGCAUUUUCACGACAUCAUGGGCAAAAAAGUGGAAGUAAAGAAGGCAGAGCCGCGCGACAACAAAGCUCCUGGUCAGCUUGGUCCUGGCCAGUGGGCUCCCCGGGGUAUCUUGACUGCAGCUAAUGGUUGGACAGCACAGCCGGCCCCGGGCUGGCAACAGGCUUACGGGCCACAGGGAGUGUGGGUGUCUGCUACUGGCCAGCCUAUAGGUGGGUAUGUACCUUCGCUUUCAGCAAGCCGGGGGACCCCCACGCAGCCUCCGUCAGCCUUUAACGCAUUCCUGGUCACCACGCCGGCUGGCAGCUUCGCAGCACCUCAGGGCUACCCUCAGCAGGCCUACAGCACAGCACCUCAGUUUGGUCAGUCCUGCCAAUUCACAGGUUACAGUUUUGGCACUCCCCAGGCGGACCAGUAUGCUCCACAAGUCCCUCCUCCACCCACCACACCAGGAACGGCAGCGCUGGGCUUCGCCCCCGCCACCACACCAACUCAGGACUUGAGCAAGGCUCCAACAGGGCAGCCUGAUUUUCCUUACAGCCAGUAUGGCUUGGGUAACUACCCUCAGGACCCCUCUGCCUACGGACCAACGCGUCCUUCUCACAGUUAUGGUCAGGAUGAGCAGGGAGGAUAUAGUGCAGCUAAAGGGGUGAGAAAGGAAAGAAGAUUUAAAGGAGACCACGAUACCAGGUACGGUCAGGACCUGACGGCCUUUGGCCACAACUUCGCAGACCCCAGCCAGCCGACCGCCUCGUACGGAGCCCCCACAGCACAGCCUGCUGCUCCUCAACCCACCGCGAGCGUGUUCGGCAGGGGGCAGAACCACAACGUACAGGGCUUCCACCCGUAUCGGCGCUGACCACCAUCCCAUGGUGGAGCCACGGUGUAUAGUUCAGAAACUACAAAAAAAAAAAAAAAAAAAAAAAAA